AUGGUCAAGAACGAAGCCGAGAUGAACUGGGAUGCGCUGCGGGAGCACUACUCGCUCCAGCCGCUGCAUGUCAAGCACGCGUCCGAGUGCACUGCGCUGCAGCUCAAGCAAGAAGGCGAGUGGGCUGCCAUCCACCAAAAGCACACCCUCCACGAAGAAGUUAUCGAAGUGUCGUUGACGCCGCUGUCACCGAGCACCACGACCCGCCACGCGUUUGAAGCCGCGGCGAUGGCCAAGGUGUGGGAGUUUCGCACCAAGGCCCUCGCGCAGCAGCACGCGCACGAGCUCACCGCGCUGCAGGAGAAGCAAGCCUUUGCGAUCGUGGCUCUUGCCGAGAAGGAAGCGUUCGAGAAGACUGCGCUCGCUGAGAAGCACAAGCACGAGCGAAGUGGCAAUGGCGCGCCGGCGAAUGGCGCGCGGCAGCUGCUGCAGAGCCAAGAAGUAGAAGCUCUCCAAAAGCAGCAAAUGGACGAACGCAUGGCGCUGCAGCUGCGUCAGAAGACCGAGCUGGAGGCCGCGACCGAAUCCGUUUGGAUCGAACACGCUGUCGAGGACUUUCUGAGCAAGGACGCGAGCUUGUAG